UCCGUUAUGAAUCAAAUGACAUUUUGUCCGAGGGUCUGAUCUUAUAAAUGCUGCUGUGUACCCAUGUACCUCAAGCACCACAUAAGUCUUAGUCGGCACUUGAACAUCGGCACAUCAUUAGAUAUCACUAGGUUGUAAUUCGGCCAGAGGCAAAUCAAUAAACUUGCUUUACAUUUGGUAAAUCACCAAUGGGAUUCUAUUUCCUGAACUUCAAGCGCAGGCGAUUUUUCACCCCCAGACCCCCACAGAAAAAGGAUCAUUAGCAUUUCCAGGUGUAUGAAGCUGCGCUAGAUCGUGGUGCCCUGAGCAUCGAGGUGCUGGGAUUUCUCGUCUUGACGGACUCUUUUUCUGGUUGCUCGCAGCUCAGUAGUGAGGCGUGUUCAUGCAGCGAGUGAAGAAGUAUUUGAUCUUAUAGAUGUGUCUAAACCAAACCGCCCCUGAACCCAAGAUUGACAAUACCUCAUGUGGGAGGCUUACUUAAAGAUCCAGGUGAUUCCACAUUCUUCAAACACAGAGAGAACCUGUUUUUGAGGUCAGUCUGAAACUCUUAACAUCCUCCUCCAGGUUGUUAGUGGACCAAAAGGCCCAAUGUUCAGUGGCCAAGCGAAACCCCGAUAAUAAUCUAGACAGUGAAAUGCUUGAAUUGUGGAUGUGAGAGCGCAAUUUGGGCCGGAGGGACUAUCACAGAGAGGAUAUAAUCAGGGUAAAAAGAAAAGAAAGACAGUAUUUGCUAGCCAGCUCAUCGAGGUGUGGAUGAUGGAGGCAGGAUUGGUGGUGGCUCGUGCUCCCCGGAGCUGCUGACAAUUGGAACUUGAACCUGAAUCGCUACUCACAGAAAAGCUCUCUCAGCCUUAACAUCCGCAAUUUAUCAACACCAACCCCCAAAGCUACAGGGCGAUAAUGAGCUACCCACGCGUAGACUCAUCUCUAGUAGCUCUUGGAUCCAUGGGCAUUGCCCAGCAAUGAAUGUUUGAACUGCAGGGCGCGGUCCCCCGAGUGCAACAUGGCAUCCCAUUUCACGAUCAAAGCUGGGUCAGCCCAGUCAUCGCCGACGCCCCUCGUCCCGGACGACCCGAUCUUGACGUCGCACCACAAUCUCUCAUCUCCACCAGAGCGUUUAGCCACAAGGAGUACUCCAUCAUCCACUGUUCAUAGCCGGGAAACCUCCGCUGUUAGAGGAAGGGCACUUGAUCCGUCCGCGCUAGCCCCUGCCACCCUCCAGCCUCAGGGCAAUCGCCGCGGCCAUUCACACUCCAAGAGUCCUGAAACAACAUCUGUGCGCUCAAAUCCCGGUUACGAUGCCCCUCUUGAGCGCCGACCUUCGAACUCGUACGGACACCACCGACAGACUUCGAUCGUCCAUGGUAUUCAACACUCCCGAAACCCCAGCUUCGCCGCGUCAACCACAUCUACGAGUCCUCUGAGUCCGGAACUUAUCGCGAGUCUUAGCCGCAGCGGCGGCGUUGAACAAGAAGGUGCUGGAUCUGGGAGGCUGGAACACCCAGAUAUGCACUCGAGUCACCAGACAGCGCCCGCAAACGGGACGGCGAGCCACAACCAACAGGGGAUGCUGAGUACAAUUGAGGACCGGGAUACCGACGAUGUCCAGGAUGGUGCUAGCCCGGUCAGUGUAGCUCACCGGAGGAUAAACUCUACUGGGAAACCAUGGCGAGAACGUUCGCACAGCCGUUCGCAUUCGCGUCAUCACCAGUCAGAGUCGAAGACCGUCGGUGAAUAUGCGCUGCACCACCUUUUCAACUCCUUUGUCGGACAAGCGGACAACAAGAUCAACCAGGCCAUCGAUAAAAUGGGCGAAUCCGAAGCGCCUGUGGAGGAAGUGUGCGGCCCUGGCGCGGACCCGAAAUUCGAUCAGUUGAUUUCUGCCCUAGGACACAUCGCCCGCCAAAAGCCCAAACCGUUGAUCGAUACGAUAAUGUUCUGGCGGAAGGCUAAAGGCGAUGCUGUACUGGAAGCUAAACAGGCCGUGAGUCAGCCGAAGCCACUGACGGAGAACGGGUUACUUAUCCGCCGAAAUACUGAACCGACCCAGGCUGUCCCAGAACCCGUUCCACAUACCGACCAUUCGCCCAAUUCACUCCUCGCGCGGCACGGAGAUAUUGUCAAAAUAGAGCGCCGGGCGACGGUGUCUGUGUACUUGGUCUGCAGAGUUCUUAUAGAGAUCUUCAACCAGAGCAACCUCGAAUCUAUAACCGUCGAUAUGGCCGAUCGAUUGGAGGAUAUUGUGUUUGGCCAGCUCAAAACCGUCGAUCCGGAACAGAUCGCUGCCUCGGCGCUGCGAAUGGCAAACUGGAGGAUCUAUUCGCAAUUACUCGGCAUUAUGAGCGAAGACAAAUUUCAAAGUGUCACCAACCGGUUUUUAGUUGAGCUUGAGCGCUAUCAGAAAGAUGAAGCAAUUCGGGGACCAUCAAGAGAAGGAGACGCCAAGUCAGAACUUUUGAUCUCCGGAAUGCAGCACAUUCGCAUCAUGACAGCACCUGAUAAAUGGCCAAAGUCUUGCGAAUUCAUGCGUUCACUGGCUCGACUGUUUGUCAAUUCCCACGGGCAGCGCAUCAAACAGACAUACUGCAAUAUCAUUGAGAGACUACUGCUUCCAGUUGCAGCUAACCCCAAUUGCGACCUAACCCUCCCCAAGUGGAAAGAGUUUCUUGAAUUGGUGCAUUCCCGCCUCCCGCACAUGUUGACCAAGCCCCGCCACUGGCCGGCAGCUUUUCCGCUUCACGUAUUACUUCUGUGCUUAUCCACGAAAGAAAGCUUCUCAUCUCAGUGGCUGUCGAUCGUCCAAUCUCUUCCUGCGAAACUGAAGGACCGUCCCACAAGGGGGCCAGCUCUUCAAGCUAUGUGUCGUCUUGUGUGGACUUACUUUUUCCGUUACUCAGACUCCCCUACAGCGACUCUCCGAAAAAUGGAAGAGGUAGCUAAGAUAGCGCUACCCACCCAAAAGAGAACAUACCUAAGCACCGACCCGGCAGUGGCAGAACCCUUGAUUCAGUUGAUACGAAUGAUAGGAUUCAAGCAUCCUGACGUUUGUUUCCGGAAUAUCAUCUUCCCAUUGAUUAAUUCGGACUACUUCACCUCGUCGGGAAGGGACAUAAAGAUCGAGCAGAUGGAACCUGAGAAGAUGGUAAUUGGCAUUCGAUCAUUUCUAGCUAUUGUGACGGACCUGGAGAAUUGCGAUCAGCUGUGUCCUCCUUUCCCCACUGGGUCAAUUCCGAAUCCCUUUACUGAAAACCUAGCGCCGUCGCACUUGUUUCGGUCUCAAUAUCUAGUAGACCUUGGGCAUCGGAUGGCGGACCAAGACUCCUCACGUCCCGUCAAUACUGCAAGGCUCACAGACAACGUCAGAGACCAUUACAUCCGCUUCUGCGAGAUACUUGGCAACAUCACAAUUUUGUGUGAUAACACGUUUGGCGGCCAGGCUGCUUUAGAUGAGAAAUUCGGCGGAGCCACCCCCAAGACGCCAAUCACGGAAGCUUUCAGUUUCGGAAGACGUGAUGAUUACCUUAACACUGCCGACCAGAGGCAGGGAUUUUAUGACCUGCUCCAUGUUGCUGUCCAAGCCCUUCCACGCUGCUUGUCCGAUCAUAUCCCGUUCAAUUCCUUGAUAAAUCUGUUAUGUACUGGGACCGCGCAUGUUCAGUCCAACAUCGCAUUUUCAUCCGCAGAGUCCCUGAAAGCAAUCGCGCGCCAGUCACAUGCCCAACAAGUAACUAUAGGGUUCGCACGAUUCAUUUUCAAUUUUGACGCACGAUACUCUACAAUGUCCGAUGAAGGAAUGCUUGGGCCAGGCCACAUAGAGUCGACUUUGAAGCUUUAUGUCGAACUACUGCAGAUCUGGAUUGAGGAAAUCAAGCAAAAAACAAAAGGGAGCAGUGCCGAUCCUGGAGAGAAGGCGGCCACCGGUAGCCGCGCACUCCAACUCGAUCUAUCUAGUGUUUUGGCACAGGUCGAGGAAGUCGAAUCGCAUGGCCUGUUUUUCUUAUGCUCCCAAUCACGAAGGGUUCGAGCUUUCGCCAUUACAGUUCUCCGGCUCAUCACCGAGUUUGACAAGGCCUUGGGCAAGGAGAACACUCGGAUAAUCAAAAUACUCGAGGCUGACUCCCAGCAAAUUCUGGAUCUUAAUGACGAACACCUGACCGUUGCUGAAAGAAGCCGCAUCCAAAAAGGCAAACGGAGAAGCGCUUCCCAUAAUACUCUGAUUGAGCUUUGCAGCAGCGAGGUGUCCUACGAUUCUACACUAUGGUCCAAGGUUUUUCCAAACAUUGUUCGCUUGAGCUUCGAGACUUGUCCCUUUGCUGUCACACUUGGACGAGAAAUCGUGUGUGCAAGACUCGUCCACAUGCACAAGGCCAUCACUGCUUUGGCCGGAAGCCCACAGAGUUCUUACUAUUCUCCUCUUGAUGCUAUGCAAGCCCGAUCCUUGGCUAGGAAUAACACGACCGCCGAAAUCCUGGUUGAGCAAUGGAAGUUAUACCUUGUUAUGGCUUGCACCACUCUCAACAGUGUUGGUGCACAGUCACAAAGCCAACUUGCCAACGCUCAGCAUGCAAGAAAGGCGUCAAGGGGCGGAUCACAGUCGGCUGACAAGAUUGGCUCCGCUCGAAGUCUUUUCGCCUUCGUGAUCCCCUUGCUUUCGGCUGAAAGGCCUUCCAUCCGAAAUGCCAUUGUGGCUGCCUUGGGCUCUAUCAACAAUAACCUCUACCGGACCUUGCUAGAGUCUCUACAGUACGCUGUGACGACAUGCAACGAGGAGGCCAAAAUCCGAAUUGGUGUACAUUCCCGGACUCCGAGCAGCCCGCGACGAAGCCGCAAGACGGACAGAUUGCGGACAGAGGUCACCCAUGUGUACAAAUUAACCUCCAAAUUUCUCAAGGAACCAGAAGUAUACAAUGAUGACUGGGUCGUCAAUAAUCUUGUUACCUACGCGAAAGAUUUGCGACUGUUCCUGAGUGAUGCCGAUGUUCAAAAUGACUGGGAAUACCAGAGCCUACGCUUUCACUACUGUGGGCUGAUGGAGGAACUGUUCAAAGGUGUCAAUCGGACAAAAGACCCAUCUCGCUGGAUCCCUUUCGAAUCACGCAAAUCCGCCUUUUCUCUCAUGGAGGACUGGUGCGGAUAUUCUCCCAACCAGGCACAAAUCACCCAGAGAGAAGAGAAUAUGCGGAAAAUCGCCAUAGUGCAGCGACAGGAGAUAGGAGGAGAGUUACGAGGUGCAGCCGCAGCCAUGGAAAUAGAAAAGAAGAAUCUGCAAGCAGCAUCACUGAGCGCAAUGGCAUCCCUUUGUGCGGGUCCGAUUAGCAUCACAACAGAGACUGGUUCGGUGCUUCAGUUUGACGUUGGGCGGAUGCUAGCAUGGCUUGAGAAUAUUUUCAAGACCAUUAGUGAUAAGUGGCAUGUGAUUGCUCGGCGUGCACUCAAGAACUUGAUCACCCAUAACAAGGAGCACUCUUACUUGCUGGAACGAUCAAUUGAAAUGUGCUACGUGGCGGAGCGCCCAAAGGCUCUGGGAAGCUACUUUGAAGUUGUGACUGAAAUUCUGAUGGAACAUGAUGACUACCCUCUGGGUUUUUGGAGAAUUUUGGGUGCUGUUCUGGUGACCCUGGGUAAUCCGAAGCGGGAAAUUAGGAUGAAAGCCGCCAAGCUCCUCCGUAUCCUAGAGGAACGCCAGCAGAAGAAUUCGCGACUACAGGAUUUUGACAUCAGUAUAUCUGACAAGACCACCGCGGUCUAUAAGCUGGCUCAAUUUGAAACAUCGAAGCGUCUUGCUCAGCAACAUUCCGAUUUGGCCUUCACCCUCUUCUCCGAAUUCUGCUUGCACUUUAGAAAGUUGCAGCCAGAUAGUCAACGAAACAUGGUGGCUGCUAUCUUGCCUUGGGUCCAAACCAUUGAGCUGCAAGUGGAUCCUAAUGGCGGCCCAACAGUCAGGUCAUACAUGCUCCUGGCCAAUCUAUUGGAGAUUACUAUACGCUCAAGCACCAUACUCCCCAACGAGGUACAAGCCCUAUGGCAGGCGCUGGCCACAGGGCCACAUGGAGGAAACGUCCAGUUGGUGCUUGAUUUUGUCAUUAGUUUGUGCUUGGAGCGCAAGGAGCAAAACUUUGUGGAAUAUGCCAAGCAAGUUGUGGUCUUCCUCUCAGGAACGCCUGCAGGGUCCAAGGUUAUCGAGUUUUUCUUGAUGCAAGUGGGCCCUAAGAACAUGGUUCAGGACCGAAAAGACAAAGAUAUCAUCACACCGGCGCCACCAGACAUCAAUACUCUACCUUAUUUUGCCGACCUUGAUGCGGUGCUUCCUCUUGGCAACAAGCCGGUUCACCUCGCACUUGGUCAGCUUUCGCUCAUUUUCCUUGUUGAUCUCAUGGUCGCUCCAGUCACCCUUGCUCUCGCAGACGUCGUGAAACUGCUGCACGUUGUUAUCAUUCUCUGGGACCACUAUACACUUACUGUACAGGAACAAGCGAGGGAAAUGCUUGUUCAUCUUAUCCAUGAGCUGAUCGCGGCUAAGAUAGAAGACAAUGAACCACCCGGAAGCCGACAGUCCAUUGAAGAAUUCGUGGAAUGCAUUCGCAGAAGCGACCCAAAGGUUGUUUGGGAAUAUGAGGACAACAACGACAAAGGAGAUGAUGAGGACGAUAGUCGGGUUCCAACCUCGAUGUCGAGUGUUACUCGGGCAGUUGUUGACUUUUUCAGUCUUGCCUAUGAGGGCAUAACCGAUCUCUGGGCCAAAGAAGCUCUCAACUGGGCAACCUCAUGCCCAGUCAAACAUCUUGCAUGCCGCUCCUUUCAAGUAUUCCGCAGUAUCUCCACAACCCUCGACUCUAGAAUGCUUGCAGAUAUGUUGGCUCGGCUCUCGAACACGAUCGCGGACGAAGAGCAAGACUACCGAACAUUUUCCAUGGAAAUCCUUACCACACUUAAGAUCAUCAUUAGCUCACGAGCACCAUCAGACCUUUUGCGAUAUCCCCAGCUAUUUUGGACAACAUGUGCCUGCUUGAACACUAUACAUGAAACCGAGUUUGUUGAAAGUAUUGGCAUGCUGGAAAAGUUCAUGGAUAGAGUUGAUAUGAGUGACCCUAUGGUGGUUGAUGAGCUCAUCAAGGGACAGCCAGCAAAAUGGGAAGGAGGAUUUGACGGCAUCCAGAACUUGGUCUACAAAGGACUCAAGUCUGCGCAAUCUCUCAACCGCACACUGGAUAUCUUGCACCGCCUCAGUAGCCUUCCCAACAAUGCACUUAUUGGGGAUAGCAGCCGGCUACUUUUCACAAUCCUAGCAAAUCUCUGCCACUUCCUUCACCAGUUCGACCCAGACGUGGAGGAUUCAAAAACCUUUGCUCGCGCUACGUGUCUGGCACGCGUUGCCGAGGAUGAAGGGUUUCCCCGUUUGGCCGCUUCCCUCCUUGGGUUCGCCAACGGACAGUACAAGGCGGAGAAUGACUUUUUGAAUCACAUCAUUACGGAGAUUCGGUCUUCCUACUUUCCUCAACAGGAUGUCCACAGCUUAAUCUUUCUCAUGGGCUUGCUCACCAAUUCAACUGGUUGGUUCCAGCUUAAGGUUAUGAAGAUCCUUUGUGCAGUUAUUCCCGAGAUUGAUAUGCGACGCCCCGAGGUGACUUGUCAUGGACCUGAUUUAAUUUCACCUCUUCUGCGACUUUUGCAGACAGAUCUUUGUCCUCAAGCAUUACAAGUGAUGGAUUAUAUCAUGACUGUCUCGGGCAAUCCAAUGGAGCGUCAUCAUCUCCGAAUGAGCAUGGCGUCGUCCUCUUCGUCGAGAGCCAUUCGGAAAGAAUAUGAACGCAUCCAAAGUCUGUAUGGCAUACCGGAGCCCACAGGGUGGUCUAUCCCGAUGCCGGCUGCGCAGUCAGGAGUUACACGACAUAACGUUCACGCGGUCUUUUACACGUGCGCCGAAGUCGACCGCGUGGAGGCGCAGGACACCGCUCCAUCGGAAGUCGAGUUCCACGCAGAUGAUUACAGUGACACCUUCUUCCCCAUGCGUGCUGAUACCAUGAAAUCAAUCGAUACCCAGACAGAUGGCAAUAUCGGCGACAUCGUACAAAAGCUAGACAGUCUUGACGACUUCUUCGACGAAACCGAAACAUCUCAUCCGACUUUUGGCGCCAUGCCGGACAUGGCGUUGCGUGGCUUUACUGGCACGUAUGCAGACUCCAACGCGAGCAUCUACGAUCAACAAACCGCACCCAUCUUGCGAAAGUCUUUAGCGCGAACAGCUUCGACCUCAUCUUUUCACAAUGGUCUCGUCGACUCUCGGCCAUCAAAUAUGCGCUUUGAGGGUGGUGGUGGUGGUGGAAUGCAUUCCGCAGGCCCUUCGACAUCCACACCUCAUUCGUCAACACAAACGCUACGUCCAGUGUCCCAUAUUCGGUCUGUCACGUCUCCGGUCAACCAUGUCUUCUCUCCGACCUUUCCGGGCGGUCCACAGUUCUACACGCCGCCCAUUGGAGCUCACGAACCCGCGUUUUUCUCGGAUGAUGAAGUGGACGAAACACUAUAUGACUUUGACGAACGGCUGACGGUAACAAAGCACCCUAUGCCGCCUUUGACCAGUCAAACACGCAGCGCAACAGAUGGAUCCUCCUCGCUCGAGUCAAUGAUUCGAAGCGGUAUGCGGCGGCUCACUGGUGGAGCAGCCGGCCGGGAUAAGGAACGACAACGUGACUUUGUCCGAGCUCAACAGCGGGCAUUUGCACAAAACGCAAGCUCACCACGCGUGCCAAAGGUACCGGCGGAGUACCUUACGGGGACAUCAAGUAAUCCGACUUCACCAGGGUAGUGCCACCUCGUUUCAGGGCGUUGGUUGGCUUUUUCCUUGCUCUUUUCUCUCUCAUCGGUACCUGGUGUGCCGUUCUGGCGUUCAUGGGAAAUUCGACGUUGGAAUUAUACAUAUUUUCAUACCCCUGGCUGUGCGUUUUUAGCGUCUGAUACAAACUGUUUGCAUCUAUUAGCCUUAGACACAUGUAUGAAGACCUUUUAGAGAUUGAUAUACCAUUUAAUGUUCAUAAUGUUGUUCAUAAAAUUCAGGC